AUGGCACCACAUAAAGCAUACACUAUUGUGACAAGCAACAUAUCCCGCACCAAAGCCGAGGCGACUGAAGUCAGCUCCUCGAGGCCUACCUUCGAGUUCGAAUUCUCCUUUUUCAUUAAGGACCUGUUCAGCAAGAACAAGCAACACAGCAUCGUAAUGCGCCAAGUCAAAUCCUCUUCCGAGUCCAACUCCUCAAUAAUAGGAGUCUGCGACUUGGACCUGGUCCAAUCGGGGUCGAAACCCAUCCACAUCUGUUUUGGCGACCCAGACUCCUCGCCCAACAACGUGGUAUGGGAGUCGCUGAGUUGCCCGGGCAAGUUCAAUGCAAAGGCUUAUGAGCUAAAUAUAGAGUUAGAGAAUGGAGCGAGGAAGGUGUUUGGUUGGAAGAGGACGCAUGAUGUUGAGGGUGUGAGCCUGGCGACUAAGAAGGCGGAUUGGUUGAAUUUUAAGAUGGUGGAGAGCGAGAGCGGGAGGGUAGUUGCGAGAUUUGUGCAUCAUCCUUGGUAUGGGAAGAAGAGGGGUGUUUUUGAGAUUGAGGAGUUUGAGGAGGCGGGGAAGGACUGGGAUAGAAUUGUUGUUUUGAGUGGGAUGGCUGUGGUGGAGUAUACGCGGAAGGUUAGUGGGUGGUCUUGGUGA